AUUUAAAAAAAAUAAUGACAGACGAAUCAGCUCUAGCAAUUUCAGAACGAGAAGAACUCGAACCAGAACUUCCUCCACCACCACCGAUAACUUUAAAGGAAGUUUUUGUACAAGAACAUGAAGAUAGUCCUGAUUCGUCUAUUUCUGGAUCCGACGAAGAAAGAAAAACAGACAAACCCAGAGCUGAUAUACCUCCCGAAUACUGGCACAUACAAAAAUUAAUUAAAUAUUUAAAAACUGGCAAUCAAACGGCUACGGUGGUUGCAUUAUGCUGUUUAAGAGACCACGACUUGACUACAGAAACCAGUCAGCUUGCAAUCCAAGAAAUAGGUGGUCUGGAAAUAUUAAUAAAUCUACUAGAAACAAAAGACCUCAAAUGCAAACUAGGCGCCUUAGGCGUUUUAUCAGAGCUAUCCACAAAUAUGGAUAUACGCAAAUCUAUAGCAGAUUUGGGCGGAGUGGAGUUAUUGGUACAGAAUUUAGCAGAGCCCGCUAGAGAUCUGCAAGUACUUGUUGCCGAAACUAUAUACAAUGUUGCUCAAAUCCGAAAAGCUAGGAAACAUAUUAGAAAGUGUAAUGGAAUACCCAGACUGGUGGACUUUUUAGAUGUGAAAGAGUCUCUAUUGAAGACGCCGAAAGAUCAGUUAAAUGAGUACGAUGCUGAACAGGUAAAUAUAGCAAAAGCUGCAACUAGAGCCUUAUGGUCCGUUUCUAAAAGUAAGAAGAAUAUACGAGUCAUGAUGAAAAGUGGUUCCGUGCCCCUACUAGCCAGACUGCUGAAAUCGGAUCAUAUGGAUGUGGUGGUACCAACUAUCGGAACGAUCUCUCAAUGUGCCAUCGAUCCCACUUAUCAAUUGGCUAUUCAGACUGAAGGAAUGAUUAAGGAUAUAGUUUUGCAUCUAUUUUCUGAGGAAUAUCCAGCUCUCAGAAGAUACUGCUCCGAAACCAUAUUUAGAUGUGGAGAAAACGCUCUGAUUAGAGAUAUGGUAAGAGAAGCGGGUGGUCUAGAUCCUUUAGUCAAGAUGGUAAGGGAUCCAAAAACAAAGGAAGAUAAACCACUAUUGGCGGCAGUAACUGGAGCUAUCUGGAAACUGGCUAUAAGUCCGCAGAAUGUCGAACGCUUUGAUCAGUUAAAAACGGUAGAGAGCCUAGUAACAUUAUUGGAAAACGUCGAGGAAGACGAGGGCGUUCUUAGCAACGUUGUUGGCGCUCUUGGAGAAUGCCUAAAGUUUGAACACAAUCGACACAACCUGCUUAGAGCUAAUGGUAUACCUCAUUUAGUAAAUCUACUGAAUUAUACUUAUCCCCCUCUUCUUGAAAACGUUCCGAUGGUGUUAAGGGAAUGCGCUGAAGAUUAUGAUUCGAUGCGGGUUAUAGAAGAACUGGAUGGAGUAAGGCUGAUUUGGUCGUUGUUAAGAAAUGACUCGCAAAAGGUUCAAGCUAACGCCGCUUGGUCCCUUGUCCCUUGUGUGAGAUACGCCACAGACUCCGGAGAAAUGGUUCGUUGCUUCGUCGGAGGAUUGGAACUUAUCGUGAAUCUAUUGAAAUCCAACGAUAACCACGUUCUAGCAUGUGUGUGUGCAGCUGUUUCCGAAGUAGCUAAAGACAUUGAAAAUUUGGCAGUUAUGACCGACCACGGGGUAGUUCCACUAUUGGUUAAUUUGGUGAAUACAGAUGAUGUGGAGUUAAGACAACAUUUGGCUUCAGCUAUUGCUUAUUGUUGUGCGUGGGGAACCAACUGCAAAAUGUUUGGAAGACUGGGAGCCAUUACUCCUCUAGUUCAAUACAUGGCCGAUGAUGAUGCAAACGUUCAUAGAACCACAGCUCUUGCAUUGUUCCACCUCUCGAAGAAUCCGUUCAAUUGUAUUACGAUGCAUGAAAGCGGUGUAGUGACUUUUCUUCUAAGAGCAGUGUCUUCUAAAGAUUGGGAGCUACAAGAAGCUGCUGCAGGUUGUCUUGCUAAUAUCAGGAAACUGGCAUUGGAAGCGGAAACGGUGCAUCUUAUUAGAAAUAGAGACGAUACUUCUGAUGAAGACAAUUAGGGAUACAAGUUUUGUUGAUUUUUAUAUACAUUGUUCAUUAUAUAUUUAUAGUUAUUUGUAUUUAUUUAUUAAUACAUUUCUUUACUGU